AUGGUUUCGCCCAAGCUUUCAAAUGCGUCGGUCAUACACAAACCAAUCAGUGCGCAUUCUUGCGUUCGAUGCGCUGAGCGCAAGGUCAAAUGCGAUAGGCGACAGCCUUGCGACGCUUGCAUGAGACACAACGUGGAAUGUAUUUUUCGUGAAUUACCACCGCCUCGGCGCAGAAAGAAGCCCACCAAGGAAGAAAUCUUGAUUGCGCGUUUAAAGCUAUACGAAUCAAUACUCCAGGAGAAAGGCAUUGAGUCACAAGAAUUGCCAACACAAGUCUCCAAGACCAGUGGAUCAGGUGAAAAAAGGGAUCCCGAUGCUGGCUUCGUGGCAAAUGAUAUGCUGCAAUUGUUAGUGUAUGGAGAAGGCCGUUCCAAAUUCCUUGACAAUGAUCUAUGGACAAGGGUAAUAGAAGAGUUCCGAGAACCAGGAGAUGCUUUGGGAAACUCGUCAGACAAUGAUAGCGAAGCAGAAGCAGAAGCAGUUGAGAAAGAAGAUAUGGAUGACAGUGCAGGUGUUGUGCUAAGCCUGAGUCCAGUGCAGAACAGCGGCCGCAAAUGUCCACACCCACCCACAGAUCACAUACUUGAGCUGUGGCGGAUCUUUUUAGAAAGGAUCAAUCCGCUCUUUAGGGUCGUACAUGUCCCUACUUUACAAAGAGCUCUCCAGGUGGCUAUUUCGAACCUCAAACGGAUUCCGAGAAACCUUGAGGCAAUUCUCUUCGCAAUCUACAGCGCUUCGGUUAUGUCGCUGGAUGAACAUGACUGUGAACGAAGAUUUGGCCAGUCACGCAAGACUCUCCUAUCACGGUACAUCCAAAGCACUAAAGUAUCUCUAUUGCGAGCAAAGUUCAUGGGGACCACAGACCUUGUCGUGCUCCAGGCUUUUCUCAUCUACCUUUUAUCCGUCCGCCAUAUCUACGAUUCGCGUACAUUAUGGACCUUGACAGGAGUUGCAAUUCGCAUAGGAGAAGGCAUGGGUCUGCACCGUGAUGGCACCUUUCUAGGACUCCCCCCUUUUGAGACGGAGAUUCGACGUCGUACAUGGUGGGAAAUGAAGAUGCUCGACCAGAGGACCGCGUAUGUCAGCGGUUCGAGUAUAUUCGAUGAUGUCGACAUGCAGGGACGCACACCCAAGCGGCCUGCAAAUAUUAACGACGAUGAGUUAUUCCCCGGCAUGCCCUCACCACCUCGGGAGUCGAACAAAGUGACAGACAUGUUCUUCUGUGCCAUGAGAUCGGAAUUCAAAAGCUUCUGGAUCAACUAUGCGGCCAGGAAGCGACAGCAGGGGAAAAGUGAUGAUCUCUGGGACAACUACGAGUCAAGGGAUGAAAUGAAAGAGAAAGACACCGCCAUUGACGAACUGGAACAAGUCCUCGAAUCCAAAUACGUUCGUUACUGUGACCCUUCGCAACCGAUCCAGCUCAUGGCCAUGCUCUUCGCUCGAUUUUCCAUCAGUUCCAUGCGUUUCAUGGUCCAUCAUCCACGAAGGUGGAAACACGUCCAGAAAAUCUCCAGCUCUGAACGUCAAUAUGUCUGGGACUUGUCCGUCAAGCUCCUUGAACAGUAUAACAUGCCCCGAACCAGUCCGCAACUGAAACUCUUCUCCUGGCAAGUAGCCUUCUACUUCCAAUGGCAAGCUUUCAUUCACGUCCUGGAUACCCUUUGA